AUGGCGAAAGCAUGCUCAAGUUGUUGCGGCACGAUCAAUGGAAUCGAGUUCAUGGUCUGCCGCGGUAUUUGCGGAAAGGAAUUCCAUCUCACUUGCGUUAGCGUCAGCAAUGCUGCAGCCCGUAGCUUGAAAUCGCUUUCUAAAAACGCAUUCUGGAUGUGCGACGACUGUGCUGGGCUUUUCGAAAACGCUCACUUUCGUAGCCUCGCCUUUGCGCCCCCUCCCGAAAAGAAUGGAAUUACUCAACUUACAGAAGCAAUUUCUGAACUUCGUUCCGAAAUAAAACAAGCUUGUGCUAAGCCACCACCCACUCCAAUCCCUACACUGACACCUGCCCGUCCUGAUUAUCGUCGUGCACUUAAGAGAUUUCGUGCUCCAGAUGCCCCGAUAAGCGAACCGUGUAAAUUGGGUGCAAAACGAUCCUCUUCCGACGUUGUCUCUGUUCCCAUGUGUAGCAACGAAAAAGAUAAUUUGUUUUGGUUAUACAUUUCGCGCAUCAAACCAGAUGUGAGCGAGGACGAUGUCGCCUCGAUGGUUAAGGCCAACCUACAAACGGAUACCAUGCAAGUGGUUAAGCUCGUAUCCAAAGGCACCGAUACAAGCACGAUGCGCUUUGUGUCGUUCAAAGUUGGCGUUGAUCUCGAGCUUAAGGAUAUGGCCUUAGACCCUGAAACUUGGCCAAACGGACUGAGCUUCCGGGAGUUCGUCAACUACGACCGAAACAAUCAGUUUCGCCCACGAUUUCAAUGA